AGUGAGCUGUGACAGAGGAACAGCAGGGGAGCAAGAAGAAGGAGGAAAGCAUUACCCAAGGAAAGCCACUCCGAGCUCAGGACAUGUCCCCUCCAGCCGUGAUCGGACUCGUGACCCUCCUGGCCAGGCUGACACUUCUGCGCGGCCAGCAGGAGAUGGUCCACACCGUGUGUGCACGAGGGUUCUUCAUGAGUGAACAGCACACCUGUCUGCCCUGUAACUGUAAGAACCACAGCCACACCUGUGAGGACAUCACCGGACUCUGCAUCGACUGUCAGGACCACAGCACAGGGGACUUCUGUGAGAGGUGUGAGGAUGGUUACCUGCUACACCAGACCCCAGGCAGCCAUGAGUGCAGACCAUGUAGCUGCCCCAUCUCCCUAGAGUCCAACAACUUUGCUGCUCACUGUGAUAAGAAAGGUGUUGUUCUGAGAUGUGUGUGCCAGGAGGGCUAUGCUGGACACUACUGUGAGAGGUGUGCUCCUGGUUACUAUGGCAACCCCAUGCGUGUGGGUGACUCCUGUAAGAAGUGUGAGUGUAAUGGAAACUCAGACCCUAACCUCAUCUUCAGCGAGUGCCACAACGUGACGGGCCAGUGCCUGCACUGCUGGGGAAACACACAUGGGGACCACUGUGAGAGGUGCACAUCUGGUUACUAUGGUGAUGCCAUCAUUGCCAAGGACUGCCAGGAAUGUCAGUGUAAUAAGUGUGGAACAGCUUCAUGUGAUGACAGAACAGGAGUGUGUCACUGCAAACCUGGGGUCUCAGGCCAACUGUGUGACCAGUGUGAGGAGGGCUUCUCUGGCUUCAGUAGCUGCAUGGGUUGCCAGCGCUGUAAGUGUUCUUCUGCUGCGCUGCACACCAUGUGCAACCAACUCACUCACUCGUGCCAGUGCCACCCAGGGGCCGGAGGACGCUACUGCGAGCGCUGCCUGCCGGGACACUGGGACUACAGCCCGUCCGGCUGCAAGAAAUGUGACUGUCCUGAAGGAAGCUGUGACAUGCAUACUGGAGAGUGUAUGCCCGAAAGUUUCUCAGUCAGCGAGUGUAACAUCGACUGUGAUGACUGUAUCUGGAACCUGAUUGGUGACAUUCACAAGUCCAAUAAAACUCUGGUCCAGUUGAGAACCAGCGUCCUCAACAUCUCCACGGGAGCUGCGGCCAACGACCGCCUCAAAUUCUACAACUACACGGCCGUGCAGCUGAGCGUUCGGUUUGUGGGCUGGAGAAACACAUCUGCAGUGAUGAGGUCACAGACAGACCAGCUGGAUGACACUACAGCACACCUGCACACGGACAUGGAGCUACUGACCCAGCAGGAGGAGGAUGUACAGACUGUAGGGACAGAGGUAGACAAGGAGACACUACACAGCUCCAUGCAAGCUGAGGCACUAAUGGCUAACCUGACCUCUCUAAGUGUUCUCAUAGACGAUAUCAUCGGUGACUGGGCGCAGUAUGGUGUUCAUCAGAAGGUUGACCCAGACGUUUUGGCAGAGAAACAGCAGCAGGUGUCUGACAUGGUGCUGUGGAUGAGAGCCCUCACCCUGUCUCCCAGACAACCGCUCGCCAUGGACGAGUAUACACACGCACAAGAACUCCUACGGCAUGUGAGACAGCUAGAGAAGCGUCUGGUGGUUGUAGAGGACCAAAUCCCUGCAGUCCGGGACCUGCUGAAGCGUCUAACAUCCAAACUGUCUCACGCUCAGAACCUGCUGCACAGAGCAGACGACACACUACAGCAGACACACAGCACACACGCAACCAAUCAGAUUAGACUGCGCCAAAGAGAGGAUCAGCAGCAGCAUUUCAUGCAGAAUUAUGAAGCUGUCAAUCAAACCAUCCAGGAAGCCACUGGCAUUGUUUCUGAAGCUGAUGUGGGUGUGGUCAACCUGGGCAUAAUGAUUAAAAAUAUAUCUGAGUACCAUGCAGAGGUGGAUGGUGCGGGGGCUUCGUUAAAGGAGAAGACUGAGUAUUUUUCACAGGUUGACAGGGACCUUGUUCAGAGAGCUGCUACACAUGCAGACCAGCUAGACAGACACGCCGAUGAGCUCCAGCAUAAUCUGAAGGGCAGUGAUACAGACAGAUUGGUGCAGAAGGCGCUACAGGCAUCCAGUGUGUAUGACAACAUCAUUAAAUACAUCGAUGAUGCCAACAUCACCAGCCUGACUACACUCAACCUGUCUGUCAGGGCUGAUGAUGCCAUCGAUGGGUUAAAGUCUCAGCUGAGUUUCCUGAAGACUCAGAGUGACCACAUAUUUAAGGAGGCUGCUUCUCUGCAUUCUCAGUACCAGGAAGACGUGCUGUCCACCCUGACGGACACCAAAAUGUACACAGAGGAGACCAACGACAUGAUGGAAACGUCCCGAAAAAAACUGGCAGAGAUUCUUAAUGAUAUCCGUGCGAUGCAGAAGGGCCGUACGCCCGCUCGGUUGCAGUUCACCCAGGCGGUGGUAGAAGGCACUCUAAACCGCUCUGCAGAGGUGCUGGGGGCCAUGACCCCCAUCAGAGAGCAGGUGGAGGAGUGGAGCAGGAACAUGAGGAACGACCAGUACUCCACCUCCGCCUACAACCAGGCCGUGACCUCCGCCCGCAACACAGUGAGCAGCCUGUCUGAGGUGGUGCCUGAGUUGCUGAGUAAACUGCGUGUGGUGGAGGAGAAGAAGACAGCCACUAACAUCUCCAUCAACAUCCUGAGGGUCCGAGAGCUCAUUGCGCAGGCUCGCAGUGUUGCCAGAAAGGUCCAGGUCUCUAUGAAGUUUAAUGGCCAGUCAGCGGUGGAGCUCCACCCUCACCCCAGCAUGGAGGAACUGAAGGCCGUGACCUCCAUCAGCCUGUACGUGCGUGUGGAUCCAGACAAGGACCCCAUAGAAGAUCGAUUCCUCCUCUACCUCGGAGACAAGAACGGCCGUAAGGAUUACAUGGGUCUGGCUAUAAAGAAUGAUAAUCUGGUGUAUGUGUAUAAUCUGGGAGGGGAGGACGUGGAGAUUCCUCUCAGCUCAAAGCCCGUCAGCUCUUGGCCCCCUGUGUUCAACCUCAUCAGAGUGGAGAGGCUUGGUCGCCAUGGUAAAGUGUUCCUGACUGUUCCGAGUCAGGACUCAGUGGCGGAGCAGAAGUUUAUCCAGAAGGGCGAAGCAGAUGGUACUGACUCUAUUUUCCACCUCGACCGCAAAGACACUGUCUUCAUCAUCGGAGGAGUCCCGCCUGACGUCAAGCUGCCCCCCGCCCUGAGUCUGGCUCCGUUUGUGGGCUGUGUGGAACUGGCUACGCUCAACAAUGAGGUCAUCAGUCUGUACAACUUCAGGAAGCUCCAUAAGAUGGACGUAACAACGUCUGUCCCCUGUCCAAGGUACAAGCUUGCCUUCUCUCAGGGUCGCGUGGCCAGCUACCUGUUUGACGGCACGGGUUACGCUCUCGUCAGCAACAUUGAGAGACGUGGGCGGAUCGGUGUGGUCACCAGGUUCGACAUCGAAGUACGAACAGUUGCCAACAACGGCAUCCUCUUCCUCAUGGUUAACCAGUCAGAUUUCUUUGUACUGGAGCUCAGGAAUGGCUUUCUGCGUCUGGUCUAUGACUUCGGCUACAGCGGUGGUCCGGUUGUGUUGGAGAGCAACCUGACAAAACUACAGAUCAAUGACGCCAGAUAUCACGAAGUGUCUGUCAUCUAUCACUUCUCUAAGAAGAUGAUUUUGCUGGUGGACAGGAGCUACGUGAAGGCCGUGGAGAGUGAAAAGAAGACGCUACCCUUCUCUGACAUUUACAUCGGAGGAGCCCCCUCCAGUUUGCUGCUGUCCCGGCCUGAGUUGUCCUCUCUGGUGGGACUGAAAGGCUGUGUGAAGGGAUUCCAGUUCCAGAAGAAAGACUUCAACCUGCUGGAGGAACCAGGAACCAUUGGCAUUAGCAGUGGCUGCCCGGAGGAGUCUUUUAUGUCCCGUAAGGCCUACUUCACAGGUCAGGGUUAUCUGGGCUCCUCGGGGAAGAUUUCUCCCUUCAGCUCCUUUGAGGGGGGGCUGAACUUCAACACCCAGCAGCCCUCUGGUCUGCUCUACUACCACCGCCAAGGGUCGGAUGAGUUCACACUCUCGUUGGAGAAUGGAGCUGUCGUGCUCCACUCGAGAGGAACCAAAGUCAGAUCAAACAAGAAGAACUACAACGAUGGACGAUCUCACUUCCUGCUUGCCUCAGUGACCAAGCAGAUAUACCAGCUGGUCAUCGAUGACAAAGACAAACAGGAGAAGACGAACCCAGACGCCUCGUCUCCACCUGACAGUCCUGUGAAGAUGUUCUACUACGGAGGGUCUCCGCACAGUAAAAUCAGCAACUUCACUGGGUGUAUCAGCCACGCCUACCUCAGCAGGCAGGACCGGGACAUAGAAGCGGAGGACUUCCAGCGCUACACUGAGCAUGUGCAGGUGUCUCUGCAGGACUGUCCUGAGGAGAGACCUCCAGCAUCUCUGCUGCCUGCAAGUGUCCGCAGGUCUUCUGCACCCUCACGUAAGGUGAGCAGGAAUAAGCGUGGUAUGCCACAAGGCAUUCUGGGGUAUCCUCUGGGAUCUCCAGAGACAGAGACCAAGCCUUGCCACCUAUCACCACAUCCACGAUCCACCCGACAUGCCCAUCACUAUGGCGGCUCUGCCCAAAGCCGCCGAGAGUAUGACGGCAUCGCUGAGGUCAUCAGAGAGAGGUGUCACUUCUCUCUGUCUGUGAGGACGCGUUCGGCAUCCGGUCUGCUGUUCUACGUGUCUGAUGGCAGUGAAGAAGAUUUCAUGGCACUCUUCCUCUCCGAUGGCAAACUUCUCUUCAGCUUUGGAUCCAGCCAGCAGCGGUUGCUGCUCUCCAGCCGAGACAAACACAACGACGGCCACUGGCACAACGUGAUCUGCAGCAGGGAAGGGGCUCUGGGCAGGCUGAUAGUGGAUGGUGUAGCUGUGGUGGAGCAGGGGCUUCCCAACAGCACCACCUCUCUACACCUGCAGGACCCACUCUAUGUAGCGGGUGUCCCACCUGGGCAUGCUCAGAAGAACUUACAGAUGAGUUCAGAGUUCUCAGGCUGUUUACGGGGUUUCCAGCUGAACGGGGGCUGGAUGACUUCUGCUUCCCGCAGUUUCGGGGUCACGCCCUGUUACGAGGGCUCGAUGGAGCCGGGGACCUACUUCUCUGAGGAGGGGGGCUACGUGGUGCUGGACGACUCCUUCAACUUGGGCCUAAAGUUUGAACUGGUGAUGGAGGUGCGUCCCCGUGUGUCAUCAGGAGUGCUACUGCAUGUCUUCACUGCAGCACAGGAGUAUCUGACUCUACACCUCCGUUACAGCCAGGUGACCAUCCUGGUGAACAGUAGUGAAGGGGUUUUCUCUACAGAUGUGUCACCUAAAGGGGACAACUUCUGUGAUGGCAACUGGCACAAGAUCACAGUGAUCAGAGACAUGAAAAUGGUCCAUCUUGGUGUGGAUUCUGAGAUGAAGCAUGUAGUUACUGCAGAACCACUGCACACAGAGAGACCCAGAGCGCCAGUGUUCAUUGGAGGAGCUCCAGAUUCUCUGCUUCCUGUGAGUAUGAGGAGUGUGAGGAACUACACAGGCUGCGUGCGGAACCUGCUGGUGAACAAGUCACCCGUGAGCUUUAGCAGAGCAGCUCUUGUUAGUGGAGCGGUUAGCGUGGGCACCUGCCCUGUGGCUUGACCCCCUGCUAUAAAAGGCUCUGCUCCAAUUAACAACACACCUGAAAUGGCAUCAACAUCUUUUAUGUUUCCCAAUCUCCUCAUUAAACCUUUCCUGCAGUAAAUAAUUAGUUAGUUUUUAUUCAAACACACAAAUCUAUGUCUCUAUACAUUCAUUUACUCAUACAGUGUUCUUUUUAACCAUAUAAAGUUUGUUAAAUUUGCAGUUUUAUCUUAAGGCCAAAUGAUUGUUUAAGAAUAGCAUAUGGUAAUUUGAGGACAUCUGAAGUGACAUCUUGAGUCCAGAAAAGUAGAAAAUGCACCUACAGCCAAGAUCCUCCAGAGAGCCAAAGGAUGUGCAGACCGUCAUGUAGAUUAUCGUGCAGACAACAACGCAGACCGUCACGUAAAUUAUCGGGCAGACAUCAAUGCAGACCAUCACGUAGAUUAUCGGGCAGACAUCAAUGCAGACUGUCACGUAAAUUAUCGGGCAGACAUCAGUGCAGACCGUCACGUAGAUUAUCGGGCAGACAUCAAUGCAGACCGUCACAUAGAUUAUCGUGCACACAUCAAGGCAAACAUGUCACACAUGGUUCUGUCCACCUGGAUAAACAGUUUCUUAAUUUCAUUUUACCUUCAUUUUACCUUCCCAAUAAAUUGACUUUUUAUAACAA